AUGGAAGAAAAUGACACAGUGGGUCGUAUAACCCAAGAAGAGGGAGACACGUCGACAAAGACAGGGUGGCAGCUUCUGCGCAGUCUCCUGCAACUGUGCCAGUGGCCAGCGCCCGUCGGUGUGCUGGUGAUCGCCGCCGGAGCGUGCGCCUUCGCUCUCGAGCAGCUCUCGAUCAAGGAGUGGACGGACUCGUCGGCACGCAUGAACACCGGCUCAAGAGAGGGACAGCAGCCCUGGGUUCGAGCUCUCGUGUCUCUGUGCGUCACUGACGUGGCCCUCCGCAUCGUUGGCAGCGUAUUGCUCAGCAUCUCGGCCCAGAGGCUGUCGCGCUCGCUACACAACGAAAUGCUGGACCACGUGCUGCGCAGUCCGGUGUCCUUCUUCGACGCCUCACCGCAAGGAAGGAUAGUCAACCGCUUUUCAAACGACCUCGACUUUAUCGAUGCUCGAACGUUCUUGUGCGCCAAGCAGAGCGUUCAGAACACGCUCAUCACGUUCGCCAAGGUAGCGGUCAUCGGAACCCAGUCGCCCGUCGUGGUGGCAGUCACGGCCGUCGUCACCAUACUGAUCGGAUACGGAAUGGUUCCUCUUUCGUUGAUGACGAUGUGCGUGAUGCUGUUCAAUGUGCUGCAAAUGAUCGUGUCCCUCGAGCGUUGCGUCGAAUACGCAGAGCUUCCGCCAGAGGAUGUAACAUCUGUGGCCAAUGAAGAAAUUAACAACGCAGCUGGAAAUACCCUCUUGCGUUGGCCAAGGGAAGGCAAGGUUGAGUUCCUGAACUACUCGACCUCCUAUCGCCCCGGCGUACUUCCCAACGUACUUAGCAACGUUACAUUUGCCGUCUAUCCCAGCGAAAAGAUUGGUGUUGUCGGGCGCACGGGAGCCGGCAAAUCAUCGCUUGUACUUGCUCUACUGCGAAUGCUCAGAGCAUCAGAGGGCCGCAUCCUCAUCGACAACGUGGACAUAGCGGGAGUGCCGAUCAAGAAGCUGCGUCGAAGCAUCACUGUCAUACCUCAGGACCCGAGCCUCGUGAGGGGAACGCUACGCAUGAACCUGGACCCUACUGACUCGUAUUCGGACCAGGAAUUAUGGCGGUGUUUGGAGCGAGCCCACUUGGCGAAGGUUGUCUCGAACGAUCCCAAAGGGUUGCUGCUCGAGACAGCCGACGGCGGCAGUAACCUAAGUGUGGGCCAGCGGCAGCUGGUGUGCCUAGCGCGGGCUUUGCUUCGCGGAACCAAGAUCCUCCUCCUGGAUGAGGCCACGUCACAGAUGGACGGGGACACCGACCAUCUCAUCCAGGUGGCGCUGAGGGACGCCUUUGCGCAAUGCACGCUCUUCACAAUCGCGCAUCGCAUACACACCAUCCUCGACUACGACAGGAUUCUCAUUCUUGAAGACGGCAAGGUCAAAGAGUUCGACUCCGUACCUCGGCUAUUUUCUGAUAAAUCGUCUACGUUUUUCAAUAUGGCCGCCGAAGCUGGCAUCAACAGUGCUCGUGGAGGGGAACUCAUCAGCACCUAUUUGUGAUAUUCGCGUUUCGCAACGGUUUUAUAACCAUCUGAGAGACAUUAUUGCAUUUAGUGUACAAGCCCACACCAUCUUUCAUAGAGAACAUUUGUGUU